AUGACCCUCAAUCGACUGACCACGCUUACACAGCCUAUGAUGCACCAGGCCUCUGUCACAGCCAAGAACAAUGAAACCAGGGACAAUGACAGCAAUGAAACAGAAGUAUUUACAGCUCAUGUCGUACUAAGAGGAACAUUUUGGAAUUCAGCAUCGUUCAACACAGAGACAUCCUACCUUCAUUUCCCCACCUUCCAUGGAGAGCUUAGUGCAGAUGUCUCAUUUUUCUUUAAAACAACUGCUUCCUCAGGAGUGUUUUUAGAAAACUUGGGAAUUCAAGACUUCAUAAGGAUAGAGUUAUACUCUCCAUCUGAAGUGAUUUUUUCAUUUGAUGUUGGAAAUGGACCUAGCGAAGUUACAGUGCAAUCACCCACUUCCCUAAAUGAUAACCAGUGGCAUUAUGUGAAGGCUGAACGAAACAUCAAAGAGGCAUCCUUACAAGUAGACCAGCUUCCUCAAAGGUCUCAGGCUGCUCCACCUGAUGGGCAUAUUCGCUUGCAGCUCAACAGCCAGCUUUUUGUAGGUGGGACAGCAUCCAGGCAAAAAGGAUUUUUGGGAUGCAUUCGUUCGUUACAAUUGAAUGGAAUGGCCCUUGAUCUGGAAGAGAGAGCAAAGAUAACACCAGGAGUUGAAUCAGGCUGUCCUGGACACUGUAGCAGCUAUGGAAACCUGUGCCACAAUGGUGGAAAAUGUAGAGAGAAAUACAGUGGCUUCUCCUGUGACUGCACUUUCUCUGCCUAUGCUGGGCCAUUCUGUAAGAAAGAGAUCUCUGCCUAUUUUGGGACUGGCACUUCUGUGACAUACAAUUUUCAAGAAUACUACACCUUAGCUAAAAAUUCCAGUUCUCCUGCUUCUUCUUUCUAUGCUGACAUGACUCUGAAUAGGGAAACAAUUAUAUUUGCUUUCCGAACAACACGGACACCAAGCUUACUGCUUUAUGUCAACUCCUUCUACAAAGAAUAUCUCUCAGUCAUUCUCACCAGAAACGGAAGUUUGCAGAUCAGGUACAAGCUAGAUAGCCAUCAAGAUCCUGAUGUCUUCAGCAUUAAUAUCAAAAGCAUGGCUGAUGGACAACUGCAACAUGUGAAGAUUAACAGAGAGGAGGAAAUGCUUUUUGUAGAGGUUAACCAGAAUGAAAGAAUGAAGUUUAUUCUGUCUUCAGGCAGAGAAUUCAAUGCAAUCAAGUCUCUCACACUUGGCAAGAUUUUAG